AUAAUAGUUAUGAUAUUAUUAUUACAGUUGAUAUAGGAUUAAAUAAGCAACAGAUCUUUGCAUAUUUAAAUAUUUUACAUGCUAGAUUAACUUAUUUUCAAAAUGCUUUAUCUGAAAAUUGGGCUAAAAAAGAAAAUCAAUUUUUUGUCUUAUCACAACCUUAUAUUAGUGCAUUAAUAUUUAAUAUUAUUCUUAAAUAUCUAUAUUGUAGAAUUAUCGAAUUAAAUGAUCUAGAUAUUGAUAUGAUUUUGAAACUCUUAGUUGCUGUUGAUGA